AUUACCAGUAGUAGAAGUGGUCUAUCAGAUAAUAAAACGAUAUCGAGAUUAGCGUGCAGUAUAAAUACGUAGGUAUGGUAUAUAUCGCGAUUACACCGAAUGAGUGUUAUGCUCCGAAACGCGUCGAUAGCAAUCAGGACCGGUAACUCAGUUUAAUAGUUUACUACUUAGUUGCGUCAUCGCAAACUCUUGGAUCCAAUAGAGCUCACUAGUCGGUCGUAUCAUUAAUCUUCCCGCGCGUGUGCUUCAGGUGGUGUAAUUGAGACCGAUUUCGGCGUGAACACAAUUUUCGACAGUUUCAAUUCACUGUAUUAUUGUGAUUGGGAACAGUUUGGUAGAACCUGUGCUACUUCAGAAUUGGUAAGGUCAUCGAGUAGCAAGGAUUUCCGAAGGAAGCUACAUGGGAAAGAAAGAUGUCGCCAGGUAAAGAGCGAGUGUCUCCCACGGUGAAUCAAAUAUGGGAUACUAACAACAAGAAAGUAGACUCGAAGAACAGCAGGCUGUCGGAGACCGACGACUUUUUGACGGCUGACAAAAGCUAUCGUUGCAGCAAAGCGCCGUACGUGCCUCGGAUCAGGUGGCCAGACCUAAUCGCGCAAAUUUUCAUCCACGCUGGGAGCAUUUACGGAUUCUACCUCAUCUUCGUCGAAGCGAGAGCCCUCACCGCAUUGUGGGCAUUCGUAACCAUAUACACCUCCGCAUUCGGCAUAACCGCGGGAGCGCACAGGCUAUGGUCCCACAGGGCGUACAAAGCGAAAUGGCAGCUGCGAUUGCUUCUGAUUUUCCUGUUCACCAUAACCGGACAAAGACACGUGUACGCGUGGGCACUGGACCACAGGGUGCAUCACAAAUACAGCGAAACCGACGCCGAUCCCCAUAACGCGAAGAGAGGAUUCUUCUUUGCCCACGUGGGCUGGCUUUUCACGACGCCUCACCCCGACGUUGUUCUGAAACGAAACGCCGUCGACAUGAGCGACCUCGAGGACGAUCCGAUCGUUAUGUGGCAAAAGAAACUCUACAUUCCUUUGUUCGCUCUUCUGACGAUCGCGCUCCCGGUCAGCGUGCCGUGCUACUUUUGGUCGGAAUCCUUGUGGACUUCUUUCUGGGUGAACUUCAACUUCCGGUACAGCGUGACUCUCAACGUGGCAUUCUUCGUGAACAGCGUCGCGCACAUGUGGGGCCAACGGCCGUACGACCAGUACAUUACUCCGGUGGAAAACCUAGCGGUUUCCAUCGCAGCUAUAGGCGAGGGCUGGCACAACUUCCACCACGUUUUCCCAUGGGAUUAUAAAACCGGUGAACUGGGGAACUACACGUUCAACUUGACCACUGGGUUCAUCGACGCGUUCGCGUGCAUUGGUUGGGCGUACGAUCGCAAGUACGUAUCCCCAGCGAUGGUUCGACGAAGGGCGAACCGAACAGGCGACGGGAGCCAUGUUUGGGGAUACGGCGACAAGGAUAUUCCGACAGACGAUCUCCAGGAACUGAAGUCGAUGUGAUGGAAGAAAGAGUAACGUCUCUUCUUCGUUCGUGACAGAGCACCAGACCUCUAGUGUCUUCAGUUUUCUACGAAAAGUGGAUCGAACGAUCUAUAAGCGUUCGCUGUUCUGUCACGGUUUUCACGACUGAGUUUUUAAUUUAAUUAUAUAGGGUCGAGGCAAAUCCAUAGAACGACUCGGUUCCGUCGAUUAAAUCAUGUUUAUAUGUAUAGCGUAGAGAAUAAUUUAUACAUCGCGAUUACGAGUAAGUCGGAGUCAGAGAUGGGCAAGAUUUUACUCGAAUAAAACCAACCAACUGAAAUAUUAUUUUUUUCAACAACUAAGGAAUAAACAGUUAUUUAUCUUUCAUUCGUUGCUCGAAAUUUGGAUCAAUUUGGAACGCGAAUCGAAUGCAAAGAGAGGAAGAGCGUUUCGCUCCACGCAUUCUAAAUCUAAAUUGUAGGAUAUCGAAAACCGUCAAUUUACUUUUAAUUUUCCGUUGUCUCGGAGAAAUCCAUUACGCGAACGGUCAGACUACCGAUGACCGAGGGGUUACGACAUUGAAAUAUAUUCCGUCUCGAUUUGAAUUUCACAUGGAACUCGCGUGGUCCGAGCGUUUGGUUCUCGUGACUCGAAGCUCCCGAGCUGCAAUUGCAUUUACCUUGUGGAACGAUUUGAGAUGGAAAAGUUGAGCGAUUCCCAAACGAAGCAAGAACGAAACAAAUUAUCGUUGACGAAUGACGUGGCAAUACAUUCAUUUCCACGCCGGAAACCGUAGAAUCGUUAAUAGGCACUGCUUUGUUAUGUUUCCCAAUAAAUUUGAAUUUGAAUCUCGA